UCCUUCCCACAAUCACCGCACUCUUAUGUCAAGGCUGUCAAGAUGGAAGUGCUGUCGAGAACCAAACCAUCACCUUGUUGUGUAAUGCUACUGGUAAACCCAUACCAAACAUCAGAUUUAUGAAGAAUGAAGAAUAUUACAAUGGAAGUAGUUCGGUAUCAAGUCCAAUCAACAAGCUUGUCUUCCAACAAGUAGCAAUAAAUGACAGAGGAAACUAUACCUGUAUUGCUGACAACGGGGUUGGUAAUCCGUAUAGAGAGUCAUUGACUUUACAUGUUAAAUAUAAACCUACGAAUACUUUGCUCUCCCCAACCAAGGUGGACGUAUGUGAGAAUACAGACAUUACUCUCAAUUGCACGGCUGAUGCAUAUCCAUCAGUCAAGAACUACUCACUGUACAAUGGAAAUACUUACAUUGGAUCAAGCAGCAGCGGACAGUUUAGUACAACACCGAGAUCAUUGGGAUGGAAUAAGUUUUGUUGUGUUGCUUCGAAUGAAAUUGGAAGCGGUCAAUGCGCCUUUUCUGAUGUACACGUACUAGAUAAACCUGAGAAUACAGGUAUCAAGAUUACACCUGACAAGAAGGACUUCUGUACAGGAGAGUCGAUAAACAUCAGCUGCACAUCAGACGCUAAACCCGCCCCAGUCUACUCCUUGUAUCGUAAUAACGUGUUUAAUGGUAGUAAUGGUAACGGUGUCUUUGUUGUUAAACUUGCUGAGAAUGGAAACUACACUUUCACUUGUGUAUCAAGCAAUACAGUUGGUGUUGGACCAAAUAAGAGCAAAAGUGUUACAGUAAGAGGACCUUUGAUCAAAACGUGCAAGAUUGGCAACGAGAUGAUUACAAAUAAAACAGUCGUUGAGGGAUCUGAAGUGUUUCUGCGCCUCAUAAGUUCUGAAAUGGUGCGUUUGGGUUUCACUUGGAAGAACAACACAGUCAACAUUUUACGAGAAGUAGGGCACAGUUUGACGAUCAAAUCGAUUACACGUUACCAAGGAGGAAUGUACCAAGUGGCUGCACGUGAUAGGUUCAACUGCUCUGCUGAUAUGACGUGCAAUUUUAGCUUAAAUGUCCAGUACAUAGAUCCUCUGGAAGUGAUUGGAUCUAGUAACAAGAGCUACAGUCAGUCCAAUUCACUGGUAUUGUUCAACCUUAGUAUCAACGCAUAUCCCAGUAACACAUCCCUGUCUUGCAAUCCUUGUGUACCGAAUAUAUUGACUACCAUCACCAGCCAUGAUGCAGAAUUAACCAGAAAGCAGUAUUUAGUAUUCGUUGUCAUCCAGAAUGAUGUGGACAGUGCUAGCAUUGUAUGUAAGGCUGAAAAUAGCGUUGGUGUACGAGAAAGGACAUUGUAUUUUUACAGACAACAAAUACUUUUUAAGGAAGCGUUUACCGGGCAGUUUAGAAUAACAAACCAAGAAUGGCAGGAUGACCUUCAGGAUGUAAAGUCAGUAGGCUACAAUGAUCUUAAACAGAAGUGCAUCAAAAUAUUAGAAGCUGCAUACUUAGGUGUACCAUAUUUGGCUGCCAUAAACAUUAAGGAUUUCAUCAAGGGAAGCAUUAUAGUGCGGAUUGAGAUCGAAGUCAUCGGUAAAGUGCCUGAUCCACUGCUGCCUUUGAGAGAUUAUAUCAAAAGCCAAGCAGAAAAAAUCAAUGGCUUACAGAUAGACUACAACAGCAUUCAGAAAUCAAAUGAUCAAGAAAAUAAGCCGAUUCCAUGUAAAGAGGAGAACAAGACACUGUUGGCAGUUCUUGGAGCUCUGUUUGGUUUGUCGAUUGUCCUAAUCAUCAUACUUAUAGUGGGGUUCCUGUGGUCACGUAGAAAAGAUUCAAAAGGAAAUUCUGGGGAAACAUCGAACACAAGUGACAAGAUAGGACAAAUGAACGACAUAUCACUUCAAGAGACAAGUUUUAAUGCUACAGAUAAUGAGACACCAAAUAUGCCAGAAUAUGAACCAAUAGGAAGACGAGGAUUAUCGACGAGUAAUGCUGGCAUCCCUGAAUAUGAGGCGGUGACAACAAGAACACAGCAAUCCCAACCACAUUCCGGUGUACGGACGAAUAACCUCAUGCCUCAGUAUGAAAGUACAGAUCAGCAUGGACAAACAGAGGCUGUUUCGAAUCCACCACCAGUAACCUAUCAUACAAUCCAACAUCAUACUGGUAACUACGAUUCCUUGAGUCCUUCAACACGGCUUUCUCCUAAGGGUGUAGUACUGUCAUCGACAGGAAGUCCAACACGUACAGGAGAGUACCAGGCCCUACAACACAAGGGGGUGUCUCCACAGUACCAGUCUCUGGAUGACUUGAGCAAAUGUUGAGUGAAUAAGGACCAAAAGAGAUUAGUAUUGGUGAGGCAUUGCCUUUUGCUUUUAAAUAGGCUAUUAAUAGAGUAGAUGAUAUGCGGGACAUCUGUAUCAUUACUGAUAGUACACUCACUCCUCGAAUAUUACAAAUACACUUGCAAUUUUGAUCACAUUUUUCACUUUUCUUUUGUUCUUUUAGACACGUUGAUCAUGAUAGACAGUCUUGUAAUAAUCAAGUUAAUCAUACACAAAUAUAACAAUCUUAAAGAAACUCACGAAAAGAUAAUAAGACCUUAAAGGGAAGCGUUUUACUCAUAUUUGUUGAUCACCACAAACAUUUAAUAUACUAUGCUGACACAAUAACCAAGCUAUGUAGUUGACUCGAUUUUGAUUGCACUCACGUAUUGAUACUAAUAACAAUAAGGCAAAUGAUUCACAAAUAUCAAUCGUAAGCUCAUUUUUAUGUUUGCUAAAUUUCCUUUUACCAUGUGAGGUCUGUGAGAGUUUUGAUUUGAAAUCUUGACGUAAAAGAAAGACAAACAAGUGUCUUGUCUCUCCCCUUACUGUACACCCGUUUUCCCGAGAGCCUGUUCGCAAUUUGGUCGACCAACAUGACCUGGUCCUCAUGCUGCUGACGAAUUGUCUAUAUUAAGGCCCCGGAAAUUUUCGUAUCCGCAAAUAUUUUUUUGCGUAUACGAAAAUGUUCGCGUCCACACGCAGCGUAUUCGAAUCGUUUUCGAAUCCUUUUCACUGUCCACACGUAUCCGGAAAUUUCAUGAUCCGCCC